AUGUCUUACCAACAACAACAGUGCAAGCAGCCCUGCCAGCCUCCUCCUGUGUGCCCACCCCCUAAGUGCCCAGAGCCUUGUCCUCCCCCUAAGUGCCCAGAGCCUUGUCCUCCCCCUAAGUGCCCAGAGCCUUGUCCUCCCCCACAGUGCCCAGAGCCUUGUCCUCCCGCAAAGUGCCCUGAGCCCUGCCUGCCUCAGCCAUGCCAGCAGAAAUGUCCUCCUGUGCAGCCUCCACCAUCCUGCCAGCAAAAGUGCCCACCCAAGAGCAAGUGA